GUCCUCGUUGAUUCGUCGUUCACGGACAAAUACAGCUUAAUGAUCUGCAGGGUCAUAUGCCAGCUUAUUCAUGCAUCCACCACGAACGGGGUCUAGAUGCAUUGAUCUAUGUCAUCGAUUCGUAACAUCUUGUUCGCUAGUGCUUCAGAGAAAGGAUAUAUUAGGUCCAGUGUGUCUUAGCUUCAGGAGAGUGUCAACUGCUGCUUCAGUGUCUGAUACACGAGUGAGCUUUUUGGCUGCAGCAGCUAAGCGUACAUAUUCGAGGUCUUGUCUUACGCGGUACUCUUUUCCUUCAACGAACAUACUUGGUCCGAUUGCCGGUCGUAAGAGCUCAACGAUGGCUACGGCAAGGAAGAUUCAGUUGUCGACGGCCAACUCGGGCAUUUUCAGCGUCGAGCUGAGGGAGGACCCUGCGCGCGCAGCAAGUGAGGUGCUGCAAGAAAAUCUGGAGAAGCACCAUAUGUUCUUCAACGAGAGCGGAUUUCAUAAUCAUAUUGUCCACCAUAUUCUGACAAUCUAUGCGCUUGGUGCGACGCCGGAUGAGAUCAGGGCUGCUUAUGAUCACAAUAAGACGUAUCAGCGGCCUGUCUUGCCGACCACCCAGAGUAUAGUUGAGUCGAUGCAUGACAAGGCCCAGUUCCAGCAGCACCUCGGCAAUGAAAAGAAUUUUCCCAAUUACUUGGCUUUCUUUCAGCAGGAGAUUGAGAAGAAAGGUGUGGCGGAUGUGCUUAACGAGUAUCUGUUUUCAGGGAGCGAGUGCGCCGAGACUAUGCUUGCGCGGCUGUUUGGAGGACUCCUUCAUCCGCUGAUUCAUCUUGGAUUCGGGCUCGAGUUCGACCAGCCCGCAAUUGUCGCUGAGGGUCUCGCACAGACCGCAGUCCAUGAGGAUUGGAUUGGUCGGCUAUACCUCCUGCCGGUAGAGAAGGCCGCAGGAGGGAUCGGCAAGCCUGGAAAGAAAACGAUGCUGCAAAUCUUGAACGAAAUCCGCGCUGAUAAGAAACUAGUCGAAUCAGUCAAAUGGGAAGAUGGGAACAAAAUCAGAGACGGCGUUUUGAAGCGAGCAUCGGAUGAGAUGAUCAAGUAUGCAGCACAAGUUUCCGUCUCCGCCGAGCAAAUGGAGGAAAAGCUUGCUGAACUUCUCAAUCUAGUCGCUUACUUUACAGGUGCCGCUCAGCGUCCGCCAAAGCAGGUCAAGCUUGACUUCUUCUUGAUGCACUGCGUGACUUCUUCGAUAUUCCUUUCCAAGAUCGUCACUCUUCCGUACCUGGAUACACGCACCAAGCUGCGUAUGCUUGAGUGGAAAGGCCGUGCAGAUCUGGCGUUCUAUGUAUCCCGGGGAGUUCCCAAUCUGCUGCUGGAAGAAGUUACUACAUAUGAAGCUCCGAACGACUGGAAGACAAUCUUCCAUGAGAGCAGUGUACACCCGCGCGACGACGGUCAUUUGUCCAAGCUUGUUAGGGCUCUAGCGAAUGGCGAGAAGGUCUGUCGUCCGUUUGAGGCUAGAGCAGAAGAGCUAGGACUUUUGAUCACCGGUGAUAUGUGGCUGAAGAUUGCAAACAUGGCUAUCGAUUCAACCAAAGGUGAUCAAAUGGGCACAAUGUGGGUUCGCUCGACAGGGUUCGAAGAGGCAUGGAAGGACUUCCACGAUCGACCUCGCCUUUGAGACGGCGGCGCCAUAGGAACUGAGUGUUUUGAUGAUGAAUCAAUCCAUUACGGCCGAUACCCCAACUGACAGACGGCUCACAGACUGAAAAGGAGGCUCCGGUCCUGCAAUUCAACCGUCAUUCCAUGUCACAACAGCAGUUCAGUUCAAGAUAAUCAGUUUGAUUUACCGAGUACUCCGCAACCUCGGACGUUGAAGUAUGGUUUGAGCGAUUCGUUAGUCUAGCGUUUAGCUCUAAAUCAGGGCCGGUGGGUCUCCCUAGUAGAACUGCAAUAAUAAAUGUCUUACCCGAUUCCCAACAAACGGCCAUUGAAUCUCCGAGCAUGUUCUUACCAGCGCCAAGCUUUGUAUGUCAUUUUGGAUGAGAUCGUAUGUAGCUAGUCUACUUCUU